UACAGCUUAUCUAGCAGAUUUGAAGCUAUUUGGAACAAAAUAAGCUCUAAACUUCUGAAAGAAGCUUAUUUGAGUAUUUUACAGCCGCUAUUUCUUCCAUUGUAAAGGCUCUGCAGGAAGUUGUGGAGUAGUUUUUGAACAGAAACGCUGUCGAAGAACCCACUCCAUUGUUGAACAAGAUGGCGACGCGAAGAUACUCGAUUGAAGGUCGUGGAAGACCGCCGUUAAGCGCUCAUAGUCAUCAGUUAAACUCGAUCAGUAGGAAAAUUCUGAACAGUGGUACUACUUCCUCGCAUCAAAUGAAAGCAAAAGCUCCACCAUCGCCCGCAUUCAAAGGAUCGAAGCCGGUUUUAUGUACACCCGAUGUCUAUUCGAAGGAACGAUCAGUCUGCCCAAGUUCAAGGCCUCAGGUGAAAAGAAAACUCGAUCUGGAUGAAUCUCCUACACAAGUAAGACAGUCAUUCAGAACUCCAAAAGCAAAAGGAUACACUAGAAGAAGAGGGCGCAGAGAAAUGCAACCAUACCCAAAGAUGUUUGUUAAAUCUCCAAUAGAGAAGACACGCUAUGAUACAUCACUGGGGAUCUUGACCAAAAAGUUUGUGGGUCUUUUGAAAAGCACUGAAGAUGGUGUGGUGGAUUUGAACCAGGCAGCAGAUGUUUUAGAGGUCCAGAAAAGACGAAUCUAUGACAUUACCAAUGUUCUAGAAGGUGUUGGGCUGAUAAAGAAGAAAUCCAAGAAUAAUAUUGAGUGGAGGGGCACCUGCUAUACUGAUAGUUCUCGGAGGACAAAGGGAGCUGAAUCAAUUUCAGCGCAAACCAUGGAUCUUCACACAGACAUUGCUGACCUUGUUGCUAAAGAAUCUUUCCUUGAUAGAAUGAUAGAGGGAUGCCGCUCAGAAAUAAAAAAUCUUACAGAAGAUCCUGAAGUUGCCAAAUAUGCGUACGUGACUUAUCGAGAUAUUCGUGAUGUCAAGCAUUUCAAAAACAGGACAGUGAUUGCAAUUAAAGCUCCACCAGAAACGAGGCUAGAAGUACCAGAUCCUAAGGAGAGUAUCCAAAUCUGGCUGAAAAGUAUUCGAGGCCCUAUUGAUGUUUAUCUAUGUCCUGAGGAACAAGUAAAUGCCCAAUCUCCAAUGAAGGACAUUUCUCCCAUCAAACGACAGCCAGCGCCUCAAACAACACCAAGCCAUUUUCUUCUGACACCUGAGAAAACUCCUCAAAACUGUGAUGAUUUGGCAGUACCCUCACAGAGAUCUAACGAGGAUCUUCAAAGAAGCAUUUUGUCCACCAUAAUCAGUCCAAGGAAAAAUAUUCUUUUACAGACAAAUGAUGAAACAACUGGUCUGGAAGAUUUGGACAGCGAUGCCUUGAUUCCUUUAUCACCAAAUCUUACAGAAGAGGAAUAUUUAUUCACAUUGACAGAUACAGAAGGGAUCACUGAUCUGUUUGAUUCUUACAACUUCUGGAAUGAGGCAUGAUACGUGAACAGGUAGAUUUAAGGUGCACAUGUAGAUGUAAGCUAAGUCAUUUUCAAUGGCCCCAGAAAAUACCUACAUGUUGUUUUGAG